GACACCGCUUUGAAAAAGCCGCGAGAAGUGUUUAGGCUUCCUGCAGACUUGACAGCUUGUGAUAAUCGACUUUGUGCGUCGAUGCAUUUUGCGUCUUCCACUUGGGUGACCCUUUCCGAUGGAACAGGGAGGCUGUAUCUGAUCCGAACAGGCAAGCGUGGAGAAGGCGCCUGUGAAAAAUGGGAAAUAUUAUUCAAUGAAGAAUUUGAGAGUCCCUUUGUGAUAGUCCACAGCGUCUCCUUUGUGAAGGCCGAUUCACAUUCUGUAGGUGUACUACUCCUGCGAGUGGAGAAGGACGAGUUGGACGUGCAUGGCAGCGGCUUCCACGUUUCACUGGAGUGGGUUACAAUUAGGGAAGCGGCCAAAGAGGGUGUCCUAGAGUAUGAGGUUUCAAUGCGUCAGGUUCUUCAAGGAAAGUCCGUUCCUCACUACGCAGCCAUAGAACCCAGCGGUGACGGUCUGAUGGUUAUCUCUUACAAGCCCUUCACGUUUAUAAAGCAGAACUGUGAGGACAAAGACGAGGAAAGCAAAAGGAAGGCGGAGGAAGAAAAAAAGAAAGAGCCCCUCUACCACUGGCAACAAAGUGGAGAUGAUUUGACAGUCACUUUUCGCCUACCAGAAGAAUUCACGAAGGAGGACAUACAAGUUUGCUUUUCUCCAGAUAGUAUGAGUGUAGCACUGAAAGAUCCACUCCUGCCCGUGUUGGAAGGAACCCUCUAUUCCUCGAUUGACCAUGAAAGCUCAACGUGGACAAUCAAAGAAAACAACAGUUUGGAGAUUUCCUUGAUGAAGAAGGACGAAGGAUGUGUGUGGCCAGAGCUGAUUGUCGGUGAUUCACAGGGGGAAUUAAUCAUGGACCCUGCCCAGAGUGAAGCGAUAGCCAAGCAUCUGAUGCACCUCACCUCUGAUGAAAUGAAUCCGGAUGCUGUCAAAGAAAACCCUCCAUGUAAUGCUCAGGAGCUGGAAGAAUGUGACAUGUUCCUUGAAGACAGCACAAGUUUGUGCAGAUUCGAUGGUAACACCCUGAAGGUCACCCAUGUGGUAAAUCUUGGGAGCAACCAGUAUCUCUUCUCAGCGGUGGUGGAUCCCAAGGAAAUGCCCUGCUUCUGCUUGCGCCAUGAUGUUGAUGCCCUUCUCUGGCAGCCACGUCCGGAUCGGCAGGACAUGUGGGAGCAUGUUUCUACUUUCAAUGCCUUAGGUUACGUGCAAGCGUCCAAGCAAGACAAGAAAUUCAUGGCCUGCGCCCCGAGCCAUUCCUAUUCCGCCCUCUGCGAGUGCCUGAGGCGAGUGUUUAUCUAUCGGCAACCGGCUCCUCUUCCCACCAUCCUCUACAACAGGAAGGAAGGAAGACAAGUAGGGCAGGUGGCCAAGCAGCUGGUAGCGACGCUGGAAACCCACGAUCCGGUCUUGGGGUUUCAAGCAACAAAUGAGAGAUUGUUUGUCCUCACAGCAAAAGUCCUGUUUAUAAUAAAAGUAAGCACUGAGAACUGAAGACCAAAUCUAUCCCGUUGACUUCUCUGCAUUCAGCUCCAGCUCAAAAUAAUGACUUUACGAACGCAUAGGAAAGUACAAUGGCAUAUUGGUGCAAAAGCAACGUGUCACGGGCACCGUUAUUUUAACAGCAUGACCAGUUGUAUGUUAGAAAUUGCCUAUGUUUAAGAAGGACAAAAAAAUUCAGCUUUUAACCAUCAGUACAAUGCUGUAUUUGUGGGAAGCCUCGUCUCAUGAUGUUGCGAGAAAUGUUGUUUCUUUUCCCCUUCUCUCUCAACCCUUUCUGGGGGGCAGAAUCUGGACACGCAAAAUGGUUUGUUUGCUGUUUUUCCAAACAGAUUUCCACUGUAACUCUUUACUAGCAUAAUGGAAGUCGUCAGUCUUUUAUUUUCACAGAUUCUGUCCUACUAAGGUUAAAAAAAAAUCAGUCCCGGUUUGUUUUUUAAAAAACACAAUCUAGAAAAAUGACCCAUAUAAUUGAAUUGUAACUUAAAGCGUACUAAAACUUCUCCCCCCCCCCCACCAUUUUAUGUUUCUCUAUUUCUUAAAUUGCUUCACUUGGUUCAUUGAGCAAAUGAAGGGGAAUAUGAACAUCAGCUUUUCUCAGGCAUCUUUUUUAAUUGAAGCUAAGCCCAUUUCAUUCUGUGCUAACCCAUCAGACUGGGUUGUAUUCAGGUUUCAAAUGAUGAUCUACAAGUAUUUUAGAAAUAAACUAGGGUGUUU